GGCGCGCUUCACGAAAAUACGUAACUUUUCCUACAGUUUUCAUUAGACUUAGUUUGCAGUGAGUCAUGCAAAUGAUAGAAUAGGUUUAUGAUUUAGGUUUUAUAGUCAAUUUUAUCACAGUAAAAUUGUAUAGUGAUUGUGCAGUGUUGUGGUUAUGUGGUUACUGUGAAUACGUUGUCAGUGUAAGGUGUGGGAUAACCCAGUUUGGAGGGUAACAAAGCAGGAACGAUGCUGGUAAUAUGGAGAUGAAACGCAAUGACAAACAGGGCAGCGUCCCCCUGACGACCAAGGAGGAAGACAAGAGGUCCCGGAGCAGCAGCAGAUCGGAGAAGGAGCUGAGGCUGCCGCCGGAGAAGUCUCCGGAGGACAGGAGAGAGAGAAGACUGUCCAAAGCCAGCGAGUCGUCGAAGGAUACUUUUGACAGACAAGACUCCAAAGCGACGCUCAGCAGUCCGAAGGUCUCUCGGAAGUAUUUCACCAACUGGAAGCAGGCAUGCGACAAGACCAAAGAUAAGACCAAGGAGUUGUUGAAGCGGUGGCGGACGUUGCCGGAGGCCGAGGGGGGGGAGGCAGCGAUGGCGGGGGGGAACGAAGAGAAGAACCAUGGGUGGAGCGUGCAUGUGUGGACGACCUGGGUGAACCGCUGCAGCGAGGACCUGGAAUGCCUGGACCUGGAGGAGGAUCAGCCGCUGGCACAGCUGUCCGGCGUGCAGACGGACAAGAUGGCGCUGUUCUUCACGGAGCUUCUGGACCACGACCGGGAUGACGUCAUUGAUGAUGGUGACUUCGACCACUUCUUCGAGAAGCUGGCGCACUUCGCGGACUGGUCUCCCAACUCGUCGGAGUUCCACAUCAUGCUGGAGGUGAAGAGAGAGUUCAUCGACAACUUCAUCAACCCCCUGCCGGAGAAAUUCGCGGAGCUGCCCUACUACCGGCGCGUCUGCGGGCCCGAAGCUGGUGGUAUACCGGGGCGCACCACGUUGGAAGGCUGGUUGGCGCGCUGGGCCCUGGCGUUGAGCGAGACGAGGCGGUUCGUUGACCUCCCGCUCUAUCUGCAGUACUUGUGCAAGAUACUGUUCCAUGUGGUCGACAGAAAUGGUACGGGUGAGAUAACGAAGGCCGCUUUAGCCGCCUUCUACAGAUCCGUGAUUGGUCUGCCGGCCAGCCGCGUCGACGAGGUCAUUGACACCGCAUACGAUAGGAUGACCAGCAACGGCUACCUCAUUCUGGACUACGGCACCUACAUGCACUGUUUCACCAACUGGCUGAUGGGCAAGAACCCCAACGGUCCAGGCCAAUGGGUGCUCGUUCCCCCUAAGGACUCCCUCCCCCAACCCCCAUUCCCUGUAGACUACAGUGCCCUAAACACGGAGCCAGCGAAACUUGAACCGUACGCACCAGACAAGAAGACGAAUAGACAUUCAGUUAUAGUAUAAAAAGGCUGA